UAGAUGGCUGAGAGGAAUUGGGGGCAGCGGCAUCCUUGCAGUAGAGAAGCGUUUGCCCAGAGGCGGCGCCAACGAGGAGAGGCGCCUCGGAGGAAAAGGAGCUGCACGAGGGGGUGGGGAAGGGGCUGAAACCCGCUACCGGGUGACGGAGGCAGGCAGGCGGAGCAGGUGCGCUGCCGGCGGAAGGGAAGAUGCGCUGCUGGGCGCUCGGUCCAAUCGAUGCGCUCCCGCUCGCUUGCUCCAGGCCCGGCCGCCAUCUUGGGAACCGGGGCCGCCGGGAAAGCGAGAAGCGCCGUUGCGAGUGAAGGGGCUGCGACGAGCCGCCCAGUAUUCUGCUUUUUCUUUUCUUGCUGCUAAUUGGAUUAAAGUCCGUUUUGAUUACUAUGGCAUCCCGUGAUGAGAUUACUGACUAUGAAGAUGAUGUCAGCUACCUAGAAAAAAUGACAGACUUGGUGGCUUUCUGGGAAGUAGCUUUAAGUGAUGGCAUUCACAAGAUUGAAUUUGAACAUGGCACCACCUCAGGAAAACGUGUUAUAUAUGUUGAUGGAAAGGAAAUAAUGAGAAAAGAAUGGAUGUUCAAAUUAGUGGGGAAAGAGACAUUUGUUGUUGGAGCAGCCAAAACAAAGGCUACUAUUAACAUUGAUGCAGUCAGUGGCUUUGCAUAUGAAUAUACCUUGGAAAUUGAUGGGAAAAGCCUCAAGAAGUACAUGGAGAACAGAUCAAAGACAACAAACACUUGGAUAGUACAUCUUGAUGAUACAGUUUGUAGGGUUGUAUUAGAAAAAGAUACAAUGGAUGUCUGGUGCAAUGGUAAAAAAAUGGAAACAGCGGGUGAAUUUGUAGAAGAUGGGACAGAAACACAUUUCAGCAUUGGAGCACAUGACUGUUGUAUUAAAGCUGUUAGUAGUGGGAAGAGAAGGGAAGGAAUUGUUCACACUCUCAUUGUGGAGGAUAGAGAAAUCCCAGCAACUUUACAAUAGCCUUCAGUUAUUUUGACUGUUACAGCUAAUCAAGAUCAGGGAUUUUCAAUUACUGUGGUAAUUGACAACUUAACAUGUACUUCUUGGUACGUUUAGUUUUGCUGUGUUUAAUUUUCUAGUUACUGUAUAUGAAAUUUAUUGGAGGACCAGAUGAGAAUGUAAAAUUAUGUAAAACCUCAAGCAUUCCUAGUUAUUUUGUAAAUUAUAUACAUAUAUAUUAUAUAUAUUAUAUUAAAGAAGACUUUGACUAAUGUAGAAAUUGUUUACAUGGGAAAUUUUAAUAAAAUAAAAAUGAAGAAGU